GCAACCAUCAGCAUCGCAUUUGAUACUGGCAGUCUGAGUGUGGAGAGUAAUAGCACGGCAGUGGCACAGUGUUUACUGUGUUGACAUUCUAUUGAAUAAAUCCCGCAGCGAAUACGAAACUGCGCUAGUUCUUGACCAUGUCCGGACUCACCUAUGCACUGACCAUAGCCCUGAUCUUCUGCGCGAAAGUGAGAUGUACAUCGGUCACCAACACUUCGAUAAUUCACUCGGAAGAGAACAUAACCAAAGUCCAAACCGAACGAGUGUGCUCGGACUUUCUUGAGUUACUACUUGACCACAUGAUCAAUCGUGCCGUUGCAUCCCUUCAUGACCCAUUUAUACUUGGGAAUGUCAGCGGUGGAAUUUUCCAGUUGCUUGAUGGAAAACUGCUUGGCCUCAAAAGCAUUCAGCGCACGUGUGAUCUGCAUCUGGAUCAUGAAGCGAUAUGGCGAAAGUCGAACAACACGCAAAUCAAUAUGGGCGUCACUAUCCCGGAAUGGAUGAAGAAGAGAGACGAAAAGACUGGUGAUGUUCUCUAUCUUAAUUUCUGCCUAGGUACUACUGGACCUCUGCAGCUACGGGGAUUGAUGACCGUCUCUGCGUUUCUAAUGACUUUCGGGCCUAGUAAUGUGACAAUCACCUUAUCUGAACUCACUAUAAACAUCACCCUCAGUUUGCUUUUGAAUGGAACCGGCAAGGUCAAGCUGGACUUGGCUAAAUUAUCUGUGGAGAGACUCGGUCGGAUUACUUUCGAGCCGGAGCCGAAUCACCGAUCGGUAACUGAUCCGGAGGGAGAGGUUGAAAGAUCUGAUUGGGGCGAAUGGGCAGAUUGGUUGCUUAACGGGCCAUUGUACACACCACUACUGAUCUUGUUAGAAGCUUCACUUGCGGAUAGUGUCUCAGCCAUGCUGAGUAGACAGAACGGUUGGUAGACCAAUAACAGCAUCAAGCACGGCUGCCAAAGAUUUACAAACAAUUUUUGCAAAACCCUUUUCUUGGCAUCAGAAGUACUAUUUUUCUUCACGGGGCAUUCACUACAUGUCUCUGCUUUGUUUUACGAAAAAGAAUGGAUUGAUGACCAUCCUUC